AGAGAUGGAAACCUUGAUGACUAGCUCCACUCUGCCACCUCUUUUUGCAGAUGAAGAUGGCUCCAAGGAGAGUAAUGAUCUGGCCACAACUGGGUUAACCCACCCAGAGGUUCCCUACAGUAGUGGAGCCACAUCAUCUGCCACCAAUCCAGAAUUUGUGGAGGAUCUCUCCCAAGGUCAGCUGCUUCAGAAUGAGGCUUCAAAUACAGCAGAAGGCACUGAACAGAGACAUGAAGAUGAGCAAAGAAGUAAACGAGGAGGUUGGUCCAAAGGAAGAAAGAGAAAGAAACCUCUUCGAGACAGCAACGCGCCCAAAUCCCCCCUUACAGGAUACGUUCGAUUCAUGAACGAGCGUCGGGAACAGCUUAGAGCAAAAAGACCAGAAGUCCCAUUUCCAGAAAUCACAAGGAUGUUAGGCAAUGAAUGGAGUAAACUGCCCCCUGAGGAAAAACAGCGCUACCUUGAUGAAGCAGACAGAGAUAAGGAGCGUUACAUGAAGGAACUGGAGCAGUAUCAGAAGACUGAGGCCUAUAAGGUCUUCAGUAGGAAAACACAGGACCGUCAGAAGGGCAAAUCUCAUAGGCAAGAUGCAGCCCGACAGGCCACUCAUGAUCAUGAGAAAGAAACAGAGGUAAAGGAACGGUCUGUUUUUGACAUUCCUAUAUUUACAGAGGAAUUCCUGAACCACAGCAAAGCUCGGGAGGCAGAGCUCCGCCAGCUUCGCAAAUCCAACAUGGAGUUUGAGGAGAGGAAUGCAGCCCUGCAAAAGCACGUGGAGAGCAUGCGCACAGCAGUGGAGAAGCUGGAGGUGGACGUGAUCCAGGAGCGGAGCCGCAACACCGUCUUACAGCAGCACCUGGAGACCCUGCGGCAGGUGCUGACCAGCAGCUUUGCCAGCAUGCCCUUGCCUGGAAGUGGAGAGACCCCUACAGUGGACACCAUUGACUCAUAUAUGAACAGACUGCACAGUAUUAUUUUAGCUAAUCCCCAAGACAAUGAAAACUUCAUAGCUACAGUUCGAGAAGUUGUGAACAGGCUUGAUCGUUAGGGAAUGGUGUUAGAGCUCCAUGAUGUUCCAUAAGUGGUUUUACUUGUGAGGGAUGAGAAGCCAUCCAUGGAAAUCUGAACUGAGUGGAGGCAGAGAGGGGGUACAGAUUGCUCUGCUUGGGGAAGAACUGUCAGUUAGGAGCUAAAUGCCUUCACCCCGGGAAGCCAUGUGAGGGAGCAGCCAGAGGAACGUGGAUGCACUCUUCCUGUGGCACUGACCUCGCGCAGCUUUGAAAGGGGACAGCCACUCUCCCGAGUCUUCGGUUUCCUGUUCAUCUGCAUUUCUGAUAAAGCAGGUCUGCGGGUGUUCUGCUGACUGGGCAACCCUGCCACUGACACUGUCCGCAGCCGAAAGGAAGCCUCCUCAUUGUUCCCCUCAGAUGGGACCCUUUCAUCUGUGGCUCCGGGUUUUCUUGCCUAGCUGUCACUUUUUUUUUUUUUUUUUUUGGUAAAUGCCUUUGGGGGUUAUUUUUUAUUUCCUUCACUCCCGCCAAGUUAUACAUCUCCAUUUUCUGACCUCUGGGCUUCGUUGCUCGGCUGGGCUCGGAGGGAGAGUUUCUCUCAUUGGACAGGCCCAGGCGUCUCCCAUCAUCGUCCUGCUGUGACUCCGCGGAAAGGAGCUCCUUGUUGACCGCGGCCUGUGGCGGACGCAGUGUUUCCUGCCCCCCACGGCGCCCAGUGUGAUUGCUGCCCUGAGGGAGAAUGCUCUCGCCCUCCGCCUCGGUGCCGCCUGCUGUUUUCCAAGCGCUGCUCCUGCGCACUCGCGGUGUCCCAGCCCCAGCAAGGCUCUUCUGUUCCCAUCUGUUGGCAGUGUCUUGUGGCGCGUUUUCGCUGAGGAAAAGGUCACUGGUAAACAGGAGGGAAUGGGAGAAGUCGUUUCUGAUUUGGGCGUUGGAGAAAGUUAAAACAAAAAACAAAAAAAACCCCAAAGUUUAAAGGGAAAACCGAGGGAAUCCCUCCCUGCUUUAGGUGGACUGAUGCUCCGGGCGGGAUGGGUGGGAAUGUUCAAAAUAGUCUCUUAAGCUGACAAACAAGGGCCCAGAGGAAUUUGUCUUCCCUCUGCAGCCACAACUGCAAAAUCUAUGUCAAAAGGAUCUCAGUAAGUGAUUUUUUUUUUAAACACCAAAGGGGCAGAGGGGUUUCUGAUUCUCACCUCAGGGUUUGGUUUGGUUUUGUUUUGUUUUGAUGCUCUAGAGCACAAGGCUGACAGUUGCAGCUGAGAUCUUUGGAACCAAAGUGAGGCAUGCUGAGCCCAUUGUCUAGGCACCAUGCCACUGACGCAGGUGGAAGUGUGUCCCCCUCACAAUCUGCUCAGAAGCCAGGGUGCAAGCCAGGAACCCCCUGUCUUCUCAGCAUCUCCCUACCUGAUUUCUUUAUUAGCCCAAAGGAAAUAAAGUAACAACAAAAGCAACGUGUUUGCAAAAUGUCAUGUGAGCACACAUCAGAUUUCCAUGCACUGAAGCCCACAUACGGCCACUUGGCGACUUCCUACAAUAAGAGCCCCAUUCCUUGUUGCUAUAAACCUAGCCUGCUUUUCUGAAUUUUCCUGUUUUUCUGCCCUCGCCUGCUGUUCCUGUCACUUCGCUCAGACUCCUCGCCAGCGCAGUCCAAGCUAGAACACCCUGUGUGUGGCAGGACAGCCAAGCGAGUUCUGGAAGUCUGCGUCUGCCUUCUGCCAGACACUGUCUCCUCUCUUCUUUCUUCCUGAUACUGCUCUCUUUCUCCUCUGUGUCCGUUGUGUGCGCCUUUGUUAGCAGUGCUGUUGACCAGGAAAGCCAGCAACUUGGUCCAAAGACCAUCAUUCUCCCGACUGUAGAUAGGAUAUCUGACAUCGACUUGAAACAUUUGCAUAUUCAGGAAGGUCCCGGGUCUUGGGAGAGACCACAGUCUAACACUGUUUUCACAGCAUAAGCAGCCUGCUUUAGAAAUCCCGGCUCUCCAGUAGCGACACGCCGGACUGGCGGCUGGGAUUCAGCUGCCACAAAACUGCCAGGCGCGGUGAAGCACGUGUGCGGGGCCCGCGCAGGAGGUGGCGAAUGAGGGUACAGCCAACGCGGCACCUACUUCAUGUUUCCCCGCACACCUGGAGAUGUUCUGCACACUUCCCCGUGCUUCUCAAAUUAGUUGUCGCCUAUUCAGUGUUCCGAUUUCUUUUUUUCUUUCAUUAAAACCCAAGGAGCAAGCUGGGGAAAGUAAGACAACGUGUUUUAUUUCUGACAACAUUACAUUUUAGAAAAAAAAAUUGUGUACAUGUGUUUGGAACUGUUGAAAUGCCAAGUUUUCUGUACAAGUGUUUUUGUAAUUAAACUUUUAGAUUUUCUUUGUUUUUGAGACGUUGAUAUGCUUGCUUGACACUUGCCUCAUUAAAACUUUUCUACGUGGAACCCA